AUGUCUGAUCUGGAGGAGUUCAGCAAAGUCGUUGGGCAGUCUAAUGUAUCUGACAGUUACCAGCUGAACCCCACCAGUGUGAUUGUGUCCGUGGUGUUCUCCCUCAUCUUCCUGCUCGGGACAGUCGGCAACAGCCUUGUGCUUGCUGUGCUGCUGCGCAGCGGCCAGGUUGGCUACAACACCACCAAUCUCUUCAUACUCAACCUCAGCGUAGCCGAUUUCUUCUUCAUCAUCUUCUGUGUACCUUUCCAAGCCACCAUCUACUCUCUGGAGGGUUGGGUGUUUGGCUGCUUCAUGUGCAAGGCGGUCCACUUUUUCAUCAACCUCACCAUGUAUGCCAGCAGCUUCACACUCGCUGCAGUGUCAGUUGACAGGUACCUGGCCAUUCGAUACCCACUGCGCUCCAGAGAGCUGAGGACCCCUUGUAACGCGGUGGUUGCCAUGGGGGUCAUCUGGGGUCUUUCUCUAGUGUUUGCAGGCCCUUACCUCAGCUACUAUGAUCUGAUCGAGUUUGACAACAGCAUUGUUUGUAUCCCAGGAUGGGAGGAACAAAACCGCAAAGUGCUGGACACGUGUACCUUCAUGUUCGGCUACGUCAUCCCUGUACUCAUUGUCAGCCUGUCCUACACCAGAACCAUCAAGUACCUUUGGACCGCCGUGGACCCUUUAGACGGCAUGUCCGAGUCCAAGAGGGCCAAACGCAAAGUCACGAAAAUGAUCAUCAUUGUCACCGUGCUCUUUUGUCUCUGCUGGCUGCCGUACCACGUGGUGAUCUUGUGCUACCUAUACGGAGACUUUCCAUUUAACCAGACCACGUAUGCUUUCCGGAUCCUCUCCCAUUGCAUGGCUUAUGCCAACUCCUGCCUCAACCCUAUCGUGUACGCCCUGGUGUCCAAGCACUUCCGCAAGGGUUUCAAGAAGGUGUUCAGCUGCAUCCUCAGUAAAAACGGCAGGAACAAGGUUCACGUAGUUCACGUGGCCAACACUGUGCCCGGAUUUGAAGCCGGCUCCACAGAGGUUUCCCAGAUGCAUGAGAACGCGCGACAGAACGAUUGUGAAAUGAUCAACAGGCCAAUCGUGGAGCCGAGAGAAGCCGUGGUGACGUUGAACCUGCCAUUUCAGAGGCAGCCCUGA